CUAGCGAUAAAUCAAGUCAUGUGUAAAAGCAACCAUUACAUUUGAAUUCAAGGAAGAUCUGUCAUACUCCUGUCUAAAAUCCUUAGUCAGGACUUGAUUUGGACUUCUCUCCAGGAGAAUGACAGAUAUGGACGAUAAAAAAAUAGAUGAUGGCCAAUCAGAACCUGUGUAUGGGGGAUGUGAAGGCCCAAAUGCAAUGUAUGUCAAACUGAUCUCCAGUGAUGACCAUGAAUUCAUCAUUAACAGAGAUUAUGCUUUGACAUCAGGAACCAUCAAAGCUAUGCUAAGCGGGCCAGGACAAUUCUCUGAGAAUGAAACAAAUGAGGUCCAUUUCAGAGAGAUCCCGUCCCAUGUCCUGGCAAAAGUCUGCAUGUAUUUCAUGUACAAAGUUCGUUACACCAACAGUAGCACAGAGAUCCCAGAGUUCCCUAUUGCACCAGAAAUAGCCCUUGAACUGCUUAUGGCAGCUAACUUUUUGGAUUGCUGAACAAGAUAAAAGAGUCAAACAUUUCUGUAGUCUAAAAGUCAGAGUUGCACACUUUAAAGUUUUAUAACUUAUGAAUUUGUCCUUGACUCUCAAAAGAGAACAAACAGUUAUUGCAAGAAAAAUAUGGAUUUUCAAACAAAAAUUUACGUUAAAAGAACAAUAAUUACUUGUGUUAAUUCUAUUUUCUUCUUUUUUUUUUGUAUUUAUGGCUGUUUUUUCCCUGUAUAAAAGGUAUUUUAUUGCUUUAUCAAGUAUUAAGAUUUAAAAAGUUUUUAAUAAAAUCCGAAGAAAUUUAGUAACCACAAUUGCUAUAUACUAAUGAUAAGAAUCGAAUGAAUUCCUGAGUGAAAUCAAUUUGUUAGGGACUUACGAAACGUUUACUGAAUAAAGCUAAAUUGGUUUUAUUUCAAACUACUGAAUGGAAGUCUGCUAAUGUAAUCUUAUAAUGGCAAAAUAAACGAGAACAUUUUUGUUGUAUGAUA